CCAAAAGACGGAACACUAGUUGGUGGCAAAGAAACAGAGUACACAGACCCAACAGAAAUGGCUUCUUCAGAUCAAUCUCUUCUUCACUUUGUUUUGCUUCCACAUCUCGCACAAGGUCACCAGAUUCCGAUGAUAGAUCUAGGUAGACUCUUGGCGCAGCGUGGGGUGGUUGUCACCAUCAUCACCACGCCAAUCAACGCUGCAAAAUUCAGAACAGCCAUUGACAGAGCAGUAGAAGCUGGGCUCCGGAUCAAUCUUCUGGAAGUUCCGUUUCCGUCUUCGGAGGCGGGGCUUCCUGAGGGAUGUGAGAGCAUGGAUGCUCUCCCUUCGCAAGUUUUGAUGAAAAACCUACUGCUUGGCAUUCAGCUGCUCCAACAGCCUGCCGAGCAACUGUUCAACGAAAUGCAACCUCGCCCGAGUUGCAUAAUUGCUGAUACAAAAGUUGUGUGGAAUCUCCAUACAGCUAACAAAUUAGGGAUUCCGAGGGUUGUGUUCGAUGGGACUAGUUGUUUUUCUCUGCUGUGCACGGAGAAUAUACUUGCUACUAAUGUUCAUGAGACUGUUUCAGAAUCGGAGACCUUCGCUGUUUCUGGGUUGCCGGACAGGAUUGAAUUGACGAAAGUGCAGCUUCCCAAUGGAAUCAAAAUGCUGAAGGGCUCGGAUCCUUUUCGCUUAGGAAUAAGAGAGGCUGAGGCAGCGGCGUAUGGAGUAGUGGUUAAUACCUUUGAGGAACUGGAACCGGUAUAUGUGGAAGAAUUCCGACGGAAAAGAGGAGGGAAAGUCUGGUGCGUCGGUCCGGUGUCGCCCUGCAACAAGGAGGAUUUGGAUAGGAUGGAGAGAGGAAACAGGGCCUCGAUUGAUGAAACCCAAUUUCUGAAUUGGCUCGAUUCCAUGAAACCCAGAUCGGUAAGUUACGUCUGUCUAGGGAGCCAAAGCCGCCUAUCACCGCUGCAGAUGAUCGAGCUAGGGUUAGGUUUAGAAGCAUCGAACCACCCUUUCAUCUGGGUCAUCCGAAAGGAGAAGGAAACGGAAGAAUUUGAGAAAUGGGUCAGAGAUCAAAAUUUCGAAGACAGGGUAAAAGGGAGAGGAAUUCUGAUCCGCGGUUGGGCACCGCAAGUUCUGAUCCUAUCUCAUCCCGCGAUCGGAGGGUUCUUAACUCAUUGUGGAUGGAACUCAACUCUAGAAGCGGUGACCGCCGGCAUUCCGAUGAUAACCUGGCCAAUGUUCGCCGAGCAGUUCUACAACGAGAGGUUCAUCGUUCAAGUAGCGGAGAUCGGUGUGAGUCUGGGUUCCAAGGUUCCUAUAAGUUGGGGGGAACUGGAGAAGGCUGGCAUUGUCGUGAAGAGGGAAGAAGUGAAUAGGGCCGUAGUGCAACUGAUGGCCGGCGGCGAGGAUGGAGAAGGUAGGAGAAAGAGGGCGAGAGAGCUCGGACAAAUCGCGAACAAAGCAAUCGAAGAAGGGGGGUCUUCGUAUCUCAAUUUGACAUUAUUAAUUCAAGACAUUUUGGAGCAAGUUUCUUCAAGAAAUUAAUGAAAAUUUCUGAAUAGAUUUGUUCUCUUAGGAAAUUUUCUCGCUGACAUUUCUCAGGAAAAAGAAACACCGAACGCAAGAAAAUCCGAGAAAAUCAGACUACUUGGGCUGAGUGCUGAAAACAGACCCAUUAAGUUUUUAGUUUUUAUGCUGUCCAUCUGACAUUCCUAAAUGUAUGCCACAGCCCAAUUCAUG